CUCUGGUCACAGGUCAGAAUCAAAUGGAGACGAGUUUUUGAACAACUGCGGAACGUUUACUGCGUUUCAUAAUCAAUAAUUCUCUGGUGGCAGGCAAAACACCAGAAAACAGCUGGCAAACCAAACAACAACAGAGCUAAUAGAACCAAAUCUAAUGUCAAGUUCGGUAUUAAAACUACAAAGAAAAUCUAAAUAGGAAGUGGUGGCAGUGAGACACAGUGGCUGCAAAAAAAAGUGUGACUGCUAGAGCUGUGAAAACCCAUCAGCGAUCAUCUUAGCGAGGGUCAUUAAUUAGCGACAUAGAAAGUUCAUCGAUUCGCGGGUCAACGAGAUGGAGGAUACUGCCGCCGCUUCUCCCGCAGCCGCCACGGCUGCUGGAUGCGACGCCGCCCGUCAGAAAAUCCCGGAAAUCGCUUCCCCCGGCGGAUCCAGUGUCCGCCUACUCAUAAAGUCGUCCAACCAGCAGUACGAGGAUCUCAACGUGGACUCGGAUCUCUGCUGGACGGUCCAGCGGCUUAAGAAACAGCUGUCAAUGGUCUAUCCUGGCAAACCGAAAAUCCAAGAUCAGAAGCUUAUCUACUCGGGUAAGCUAUUGGAUGACAGCCAAAAAAUAUCGGAGGUGAUACGCAGCUACAAGGAUGUCUACCAGCAGCACCACAUCUUUCAUUUGGUGUGUGCCAGCAAGCAGAUAAUACCGACGCCAGCCAAGACAAUCCCUGUGCCGCCCAAGGAUGCUGGGCCAGCGCUCCAGGAGGCCAGCGGGAAUGCAAAUGAGCUGCGACAACGUCGGUCCACGCAGCAGGCAACCACUGCGUCUUCCGUGGCAGGUGACAUUGGCUUAGGCAAUCCCUGGGCGCAGUUCUGGCAGCAGAACCAGACGGCAUCGGCGGCAGCCAAUAGUGCCACUGUCAGUGCCAAUCCCCAUGCGCUUUUCCAACAGCAGGCCCUAAUCUACAACGCCUGGAUGCAGCAAGUCUACGCCCAGUACAUGCAGCAGUUGGCUCUUAGAUCUACGUUGCCUGGAUCAAACGAAUCUGCUUUGCCGCCACUGUCGCAACCCCUGCUGCCCCAAAUCCCGCUGAUUGCUGCACGAAACUUUCCGGAGGCGCAACCAGUGGUUGGAGCAGCGGCAGACCCAGCGGCGCAGGCCCAGGCACCUGCCCCCCAGAUAAAUGGAGCACCGGUUAACAGACCAAAUUUCCCCAACAUCCAGGAGGAGCCUGAAAUGCGCGACUGGCUGGAUAGCUUCUUUAGCUUUACGCGAUUGGCAAUUUUCGUGACUGUCCUGUACUUUAACUCCUCGCCGAUGCGGUGUUUGCUGGUGGUGCUCAUCGCCGGAGCAAUUUAUCUGUAUCACAUUGGUGUCCUGAGACGUCGUCGUGAACGCAACAAUAACAACAUCAACCGCAACAACAACGCUGGUGACGCCGCCGCUUUUGCUGCAGUGCAGCAGAUUCAGCGGAUGAUGGACGCGGCGGUGGAGCGGGAGAACAACGAUCCCCAGGCGGCUAACGAACCUGGUGCAGUGCCAGCAGCUGGACCUGCUGCUGCUGCUGCUGGUGGACAGGAUGCCAUCGAUGGCCCUGCUGCUGCUCCUCCUCCGGCUGCCGUUCCUGCUGCUCCAGCAUCCGCAGUCAAUCCGGAUCAAGCUGAUGUUUCCGCUGAAGCCGUUGCCGUGGAACCACCAAAUGCCAAUAACUCUGUGAUUUCCGUUGUGCGCACCUUUGUCAUCACCUUCUUCACAUCGCUGCUGCCCGAGGCGCCGGCGCUGUAGAGGAUCGAUCUGUGGCAUCUGUGGAUCCCAGUGGGCCAUCCGCUAACCAGCUUUACAGCUUAACGGCUUUCCUCUUUCUAAACACCCGUAAUCAAAAUGUUAUUCCGUUUUCCUUUCGGUUUUGCAUACCUGAGAAUGUAGCAAAAACACACAAUUUGGUUUACUAGCUGUAAUAAUAAUGUAUAUUUAUUUUCUGUGUGUGAGGACGUGCUGCGAUUCCGUGGCCACAGCUCCAGUAGUUGGUAGAAUUUUAGAUAAAUAAGAAAGUAAACUGUUUUUGAUGUGAAUAGUAGAAUGAUUAUAAUCUGCACUGAAAUCUGUGCCAGAGACGAGAACCUAUGAAACCGAGAUGCAAUUUAAAAUAAAACAUAUGCUUUAACACCAAAA